AUGAACGGUGCAACCGCAUCAGACCAACUGGACAAACUUGAUAUAAAAUGCAGCGGCGAAACUCAUGAGAACGUGGAGGAUUCUCCAAAUAUCUGUCGAAUAUGUGCCACCGUCACGGAUCUGGUCAUUCCUAUAUUUGAAGGAGAAGGACUACAAAAUAACUUAGCUGAAAAAAUUCAUAAACAUUUACCAAUAAAGGUGUCGGUGCAGGAUGUGCUGCCCCGGGUUGUGUGCUACCAGUGCUCCAGUACUGUGCUGGCUUGGCAUGAGCUGGUGCAGUGCUGUCAACAAGCUGACCAGGCUCUCCGACAACAGGCAGCCAAUAGGAAAAAGAAACCAGUUGAAGUAACAGGAACACCAUCAGAUCCAAAGGGUUUGAACUUAUUAACAUCCAUAGUGACAGAUGUUUUGAAUGAUUACUGUCAAAUGCUUAACAUAAAUCAGGAUAACUCUGACAUAUAUUACGUCUGUCAAGAAUGUGACGGACAUCCUGUCUCAAGCUCUAUAGAAACAUUAUCACAGCAUCUUCAACUGGUACACAGUGAAUUGAGUAAUGAGAAACUAAUUGAACAAUUUAUAAAAGACAAUAUUUUCAUAGAGGAAGUCCUCAUCUCUGAUGAAUUAUUAAGUAGCGAGGAUCUCAGUAAGCAGGCUCCUAACAAAGAGUUACCAAAUUAUUCCUGUCCUUUUUGUGAAAGCAUGUUUUCUUCACCCACUAGACUUGUAUUCCACCUCAACCGUCACCUCGAGGUCUGUAUCGACGACGGAGUGUACUGCUGUAACCAGCUGUUCAAUAAUAAAACAUUUUUCGUCACUCACCUACAAUCUCAACACGUUCAUAAGGUUAUCGACUCGUCUCGCGUGUGCAAGAGCUGCGGCCUCACAGCCGGCGACCUGGACGAGCUCCAGAAACAUAUAAACGAUAAUCAUCCUCAAGCGGAGGAAAGAUAUGAGAGGGGCAAGACAGAAGGCAGUCCCAAAUGUCAGAAAUUUAUUCCGGCCGUGUGUUCCGAGUGCAACAAAACCUUCUCCAACAAGUACAACAUGUUAGUGCACAUGAGGAACCAUUUCGGACAGCCGAGUCGGUUCGCGUGCGACAAGUGCAAUAAGACGUACAAGAGCCAAGGCAGCCUCAUAUACCACCACAAGGUGGUCCACGAAGGACAGCUCAAGUUCGUGUGCUCGUCGUGCGGAGAGGCCUUCCCGUCACGAGCAGCCAGGGACGUGCACGCGCGCCUCCACACUGGUCAGAAACCUUUUUCAUGCCAAUACUGUGGGAAGGCCUACCGAGCUAAGAACACUCUAUACAGACACAUAGACAUGCAUCUGAACAUUAGAAAAUAUGCCUGCAGCUUUUGUGAUAAAAAAUGGAUCCCAUCUCCCGACCCAUACUUCUUGAAGAGGAGAGAAUUUAAAAUUGAACUCAAUGAACCAACACACAGUAACGGUACUGAGAGAGUCAGAGGUCAUCACAGGCAUGGAUCGGAAUCCGACGAAGAUGACAAACCCCUCGCUGAGUUCGCGGCCGCUAGACCAUCAGAUAUAUACAGAAACUUUUAUAGGGCAUUAACAAAGUUUCGAGAUCACUACGUUCAACAUGAGUUUAAGAGAGAUCGCUGCUCAGAUCUAUCCAACUCGAGCGAUUCGGAGGAAGAAAGGAAUUGGGAAGAACUGGAUCCGGUUCAGUACGACGACCUCUCCAACAGCAACAUGAGGAAGGACAAAAUGAACGAGGAGACCCGACUCGAGCUCAGCCAGGUGCAGACGAAAAUAAACGGGAAGACUUACUACAUCUGCAAAAUAUGUGACAAGAAGCUGAGCUCGUCACACACUUAUAUUUUCCACAAGAGAAUACACACGGGGGAGCGACCGUGCAUCUGUCACGUGUGCGGCAAACAGUUCCGCGCGCCCAACGGACUCCAGAGACAUCUCACAGAGACACACGAACGACUGCGCCGGUACACUUGCCAGAUCUGCCACAAGUCGUUCGCGAACUCGCAGAACCUCAAACAACACAUGAGAAUACACACGGGCGAGAGACCUUUCGUGUGCUCCCACUGUGGGAAGCGAUUCACACAGAGUGGCUCGCUACAUGUGCACCUAAAGACACACAGCGCCACACUCCCGCACGCCUGCCGGGACUGCGGCGCCAAGUUCCGUAUGCGCUCCGGACUGACGCGGCACCGCCUCAAACACACCGGAGAGAGGCCGCACGUGUGUCGGCAUUGUGGCAAAGGAUUCAGACAAAAACAUGAAAUGAAUGCGCACGCUCUCACACACUCGGAUAGCAAACCGCACGUGUGUACCGUCUGCGGAACUGCCUUCCGCCAACGACGGGCCCUCCGCCAUCACUGUAAACGAUUACACGACAGCAAGCCCGGGGAAGACGCGCACGUUUACAACAACGCGAUUAAUUACAUUCUGACGUUGAACUCCGUUUAG